CAGCUUAAUUAGCUAUAGCUUGCUUGCUCGAACCACCUCCAAGAAAGCAGCAUAGGAAGCGAUGGAGCAAAUGGAAGCGGCGGCGGCGGCUGACACCGGCAGCGUCCGGAUCGUGUCCCGGCGCAUGGUCCGGCCGUCGUCGUCGAAAGGUGACUCUCCAUCGCCGCCGCCGGAGGAUAUCCACCUCACGCCGUGGGACCUCCGGCUCCUCACCAUAGACUACAUCCAGUUCGGGAUCCUCCUGCCCAAGCCUCCCACCGGCGGCGACCGCCUGGUCGACGGCCUCGCAUCCUCCCUCGCCCGUGCGUUGGAAAGGUACUACCACUUUGCCGGCCGGCUCGCCACCAAUGAGCACGGAGAAGAUGCGACCGUCACCAUCUCGCUGCGCUGCACCAAUGAAGGUGCCGAGCUCGUCCAUGCGUCAGCGCCUGGUGUGGCCGUUACAGACAUCAUCGGUUCAGUGUACAUCCCAUCGUCCGUGGUGUGGGCGUUCUUCCCGCUGAACGGGGUGCUUGGCGUGGACGCUGCCAUCAAGCCGCUCCCCGUGCUAGCGGUGCAGGUCACCGAGCUCGCCGACGGCGUCUUUGUCGGCAUGUCCCUCAAUCACGGCGUCGCCGACGGGACGGUCUUCUGGGAGUUCUUCAACACGUGGUCAGAGAUCAGCCGAGGCGACAAUAAGGACAUGAUCUCUAGGCCGGCACCAGUGCACCAGAGGUGGUUCGUCGGCACCAACCCCGUACCGAUCCCCUUGCCAUUGAGCAAGCUGCAGCAUGCCAUUCAGCGGUUUGAGCUCCCGCUGGUGCAAGAGGCAUUCUUCACCUUCUCUGCUGCGAGCAUCAAGAAGCUCAAGGCGAGGGCGAACGAGGAGAUGGCCGGCGGUGCUGCGGCUACCAUCUCCUCGCUCCAGGCCCUGCUCGCGCACCUUUGGCGGGCGGUGUGCCGAGCCCGGCGUCUCCUGCCGGAGCAGGAGACGUCGUACACAUUGAUAUUCGGAUGCCGAGGGCGUGUGGACGGCAUACUGCCGGGCUACGUGGGCAAUGCCGUGCUGCCCCGGAAGACAAGGUGCGUAGCCGGGGAUAUCCUGGACAAGGGUCUGGGCUGGACGGCAUGGCAGCUGAAUCGCGCCGUGGAUUUGUUCGACGAGGCCUCCGUAAGGGAGUUCCUCGAUCGAUGGCCUCGGGAGCCGACGUUUGCGUUCGUCGGAAACGUGUCGGCCGGCGGCACUGGGCUGACAACAGGAGGCUCGCCACGGUUUGACAUGUUUGGGAACGACUUCGGGUGGGGGAAGCCUGUGGCCGUGCGAAGCGGCGGCGGUUUCAAGACCGACGGAAACGCAGAUGUCUUUGAGGGGCCGGAGAAGGGAGGGAGCAUGUCGCUGGAGUUGUGCUUGGUGCCGGACGUGCUGGGGAGGCUCGUCGCCGAUGACGAGUUCAUGGAUGCCGUGAGCGUGCCAAGACAACUAAACCAAGUAAUCAACACACCGAAGUUAAUGUGGACUGGGAUGAGCCUGAUGAAUGGACGUGAUCUUCUUCCAUGGAAGUUAACAGAAUGUGUACUGACGCGGCAGCGGCUGGAACCCAGGCGCCGACGUCCAUGUCCGCCUCCAGAACCUCAAUCUUGUCCUUGUAUUGCCCGGGCCUGAUCGAAAUCACCCUCCGCCUGGUCGCAUUCGCCGCACUUCCAUCGCCCUCCGGCCAGUGCCGGAGCCUAAGCCACUCAGAUGAUUCUCUCUCUCAGAUAUGCUCUCCGUUAGAUCUGGUGGCAGCUAGCUAA